ACUUCACCUUGCAAUUCACCUGCGCCCCGUCUUCAACACGUCUUCUACGUCUAUUCUCGUUUUGCAACCCAGUCACUCUCUCAGUCACUCCUUCAAAUCACUUCUUGUUUGCGAGCGUCUCUCCUUGUCCGUUUGUGACCACUGCUUCCUUUAAAAAGUACCCGUCGGAUUCCUCCUAGUCCAACACCGUGAACCAUACCGUACUCCCCAGGAAUACAACCUACCGCGAAAUUCCAACAUGCAACUACACACCCUGCUUUCGACAGCUCUUCUCGCGUCACCGCUGGCGGUGUCCGCAGCCGGAACUCUCGGUUUCGCCGUUGGAAACACGAAUGCCGAUGGAUCCUGCAAGAAGCAGAGCGAUUUCGAGGCCGACUUCAAGGCCAUACAGUCCAACACCGACGCAAAGAUUGUCCGCACCUACUCCGCCUCCGACCAGUACGCGAAUCCAUGCAACACUCCCUCACAGAUCCUACCCGCCGCAAAAUCAGCUGGUAUCCAAGUCUUGCUGGGCAUGUGGCCUGACGGCGGCGCAUACCAGAAAGAAAAGGCAGCAAUCGAUGCUGCGAACCCGACCCAAUACGGCGACACCCUCUACGGGAUCACAGUCGGAUCCGAAGGAAUGUACCGUGGCACAUACAACGCCAAUGAUCUUGUGGGCUGGGUCAAGGACAUGAAGAAUAGCUACCCUGGUGUCAGCAUCGGAAGUGCCGACAGUUGGAAUUGCUGGGCCAACGGCACCAUGGACUCGAUCAUCAACAGCGUCGAUUUGAUCCUUGCCAACGGCUUUGCCUACUGGCAAUAUCAGGACAUCUCCAAUGCCACAAAGACAUAUUUCGAUGAUAUGGCUCAAGCUCUAGGUCACGUCCAAGAAGUCACCGGCAGCCUCGACAAAAUCCACUUUAUGAACGGCGAGACAGGAUGGCCUGGCACUGGUGGGACAGACGCAGGCGCCGCCAAGGCAGGUGACGACAACAUGAAGACCUACUGGCAAUCCGCUGUCUGUGGUCUUCUGGAUUGGGGUGUCGACCUCUUCUGGUUCGAGGCGUUCGAUGAACCGAGCAAGCCCGAUGCCAUUGGCGAUAAUGGUCAGAAAGCGAGUGAAAAGUAUUGGGGUUCGUUCACGUCGGAUAGGACACCGAAGUUCGACAUGCGCUGCUAGACUAAGAUUACUGAAUCAGUAAAAGGGGCUUUGUAUUGGGCAGGCGUUUCUGCACAGAUCUGGAGUCGAGUCGAUUGAGCGAUUGGCGUUUUGGGUUCCAGCUCGAAGACGCCAUGUUCAACCCGCCAGCUCUAGCGAUGCCGUCUCUUGCAUUUCCCGGCUGAAUAGGCUUUUUGGCGUAAUCCGUACGAUCGGGUCAGUCAAUCAUACUAGCACCUGACUAGUAGUACUUACUCGAGCAAGACCCUACCAUGCUGGACGGGACUUGAUCCAUCCCCAUGUAAAAGACGUCAAGAGACAUCAAAGCAUUUCACCCACAUAAGAGUCGCCUCGGCUUCAUCCACAUAUGGCUCAACCACGCACCACAUUCAUUACUCGUACUCGAUGACCAUGAACGACUCGAGAACCAUCGCACAUCUCUUAGAUUCACGCAUUACUUUAAUACACAACCGACAACAUCAUCGAUGGCUUGCCCGAUGGUGUAGUUAUCCCAGUUGCAGGCCUUGGUACGAGUAUCCUGCCACGAAACG